GGCUGCGAGCUGCGCCAAUGAGGCUGCUGCCCCGCCUCUGACCUCGGCUGGCAUAUCGGCCCCGGCAGCCGCACCGACCUCAAACGCCGCCGCCGCUGCUUCCACUCGGGGUUUGGAAAAAGACGGGCUCCGGUGGUCGCGGCGCGCGGUUGGCUGCGCGCAUCGAGGAGCUCCGCACGGGGAGAGAGGAGCGCCAGGGUGUACAAUUGCUGUGCGCCGUCCUGUGCGUCUUUACUCACACUAAACUUUGUGUUCCUGGAAUUCUCGAUACAGUCCUCGAUUGAAGAAAGGGGAGAAUGGCUUUGAAGGUCGCCCUGCUUCUGGUCUGUAUCCUGGGAAUCAGCGCCUUUCCCCUGGAGGACUCUGAGGAUGGCGGCAAGCAUUGGGUUCUCAUUGUAGCAGGAUCAAACGGCUGGUAUAACUACAGGCACCAGGCUGACGUGUGUCAUGCAUAUCAGAUCGUGCACCGGAAUGGGAUUCCUGAUGAACAGAUCGUGGUUAUGAUGUAUGAUGACAUUGCUAACGAUUCAGAGAAUCCAACCCCAGGAAUAAUCAUCAACAGACCCAAUGGUACAGAUGUAUAUGAAGGAGUACUAAAGGACUACACAGGGAAGGAUGUUACUCCAGAAAAUUUCCUUGCUGUUCUGAGAGGUGAUGCUGAAGCAGUGAAGAAAGUAGGAUCAGGAAAAGUGCUAAAAAGUGGCCCUAAGGAUCACAUCUUUGUCUUUUUCACGGAUCAUGGAGCUCCUGGACUUUUGGCUUUUCCAUCAGAUGAUCUGCACGCGAAAGACUUGAAUAAAACCAUUCAGUACAUGUACCGUCACAGAAAGUACCAGAAGAUGGUGUUUUACAUUGAAGCCUGUGAAUCUGGGUCAAUGAUGGUUCAUCUCCCUGAUAACAUAGAUGUUUAUGCCACUACUGCCGCCAAUGCCAAGGAGUCAUCUUACGCAUGUUACUUUGAUGAAAAGAGGCAAACCUACCUUGGGGAUUGGUACAGCGUCAACUGGAUGGAGGAUUCUGAUGUCGAGGAUUUGAAGCGGGAAACUCUCCACAAGCAGUUUGAGUUGGUGAAGAAACGCACCAACACCAGUCACGUGAUGCAGUAUGGAAAUAAAACCAUCUCUCACAUGAAAGUGGUACAGUUCCAGGGCACAGCAAAAGCAGCCAGCGUCCCAAUUUCCCUGCCACCCAUAAGCAACUAUGACCUCACUCCAAGUCCUGACGUGCGCCUUGCAAUCUUGAAGCGCAAGCUGAUGGCCACCAACGACAAGUAUAAAGCUAUGGCCUUCCUACAAGAGAUCAAGACACUUCUAGAUUCCAAGCAGCUAAUACAGGACUCUACGUACAAGAUUGUAUACUUGAUAACCAGCUCCGUAGAGCGCACAGAGCAAAUUUUAUCCGGCAGGAUGAGCCUGAACAAUUACGACUGCUACCAGGCUGCUGCGAAUCACUUCAAAACCCAUUGCUUCAAUUGGCACAAUCCUCAGUUUGAAUAUGCUCUGAGACGGCUGUACGCUUUCGUCAAUGUCUGUGAAUUGGGAUAUCCCAUAGACAGAGUUCUGGCGGCCAUGGAUCAAGUGUGUGUUGAAAAUGCAGCCUAGCGAAAAGAGACAGCUGAUAAGAAUCCCAGCAGGAAUUCCUACAAAGCGAAGAGAGGUUGGCAUCCACAGAGGGAACAAAUUACAGUGGAAGCUCUCGCGCACGCCUCUGAACUGAUUCUGCACUUUAAAGCAUUAAAUGAAUGGAUGGAAAAUGUUAAUGUUCUCUUCAGGGAUUUACCUUGUUCCAGAAGUCCUUUCUGAAGGCCUCUGGAGUUAGCCAGUUUAUCAGUAUCUUUGCAAUUGCAAUGCGUAUUCAUUGCUUCAUUCCCCCCCCCCCUUUUUUUUUUAUAUGAAUACUUGCACUACAGAAUAGUGGUUUAGUUUUAACUUGAUUUCAAUCUCAUGCUCACAUUUUUAUUUUUGUGGCUGCCUUCUGAGAAUUAGCCAGAGAAGUUCACGAAUGGCCUGUAAUGAACACUAUUUUCUGAUUUUCCCCCCCUCAUAAUUGAAAACUAAUGAUUUAAUGUCUAGGAAAGGAUGCACGGAGUCAUUUCACUAAUCGGCUCAAGAAUAAAAUGUCUAUUUGGACCUCAGCCUUGACAAGAUGAAAUUUUAUAUGUUUUUAUGCCUUGAAACAUUUGGAAUAAUAACCUCUCUGAGCCUGCCAUGGCAAGGGAGAGUGGUCUAAAAAUCAAAUGAAUACAUUAAUAAAUAAAGAAAAUAAAAGAACGAAGCUCACUUGGUCAUAGAGGUUAUUCCUCCUCUCUUUUUUCCCCUCCCUUUCCCUUCACCUGCCCAAGAUUAUCUAUUGCUGUUUGGGUUUUUUUGAUUUUGAUGUAAUUGUCUGUUUACACAAUUUGUUGAGUGAGUUGUGCAGUACUUAGAGGAACCUGUGAAUAAAAGAAGAUAAUGAGAUA